UUCAAUUUUCCAGACAUUAACGAGUGUGAGGUUCUAAAUGGAGGUUGCAGUCACAAGUGUGUAAACACAGAGGGAGAUUUCAAAUGUGAAUGUCCUGACCCCGAACUGAGCUUAUCAUGGGACAGAAGGACCUGUUAUGGUAAUCAUGACUCUAGGUGUAACGUUUCAUGCAUUAAAUCCUACUCUGAAAUGUGUAUCAUUGGGCAUCUUAUUUAAAUGAAAAUGAAAUGGAUCAUGUCUCUAACAAUACGUUGUACUUACUUUUGAAUUUCAGUUUUGAAAUUUUUAACUUGUUUUGCAUUUUGCCUUAACCCUUUUAUGAAAAAUAAAUCAGUUGCCUGGAGAACGGUUAGGACUUUGGCUAUUCUUGUAAGAAAAAAAAAAAAAGAAAAAAAAAUAUGGAAGAGCUUGGUCAUGUACUUCAGGUAUUCAGGACUUGCUACUGAAAGGGCCACAAAACGGUCUAAAAUAUUUCAAACCGUAAAACUUUAGAAAAGAAGCUACGAUUUUCAUAAAAACGAUCGCCUGCUGAUGAACUAAAAAAAAGUCCACGAAAGAAGCUAGAAUAUCAGUCGUCUUUAUUUACGCAAAUUUGUCGCAAGAGGACGUUUCGGUCAACAAGUGCAUGCUAUCAUGGUUUUAUUGAAAUGAAUAAAUUGCCAUGAAAUGCAAUGACCUUGAGCCCUCCAUUUUUUUUUUGCUUUCUGUCGAAAAUUACUUUUCUCUUUAUCUCCAUUCAAGCUCCAGGCGUUAUGGUACAGUGCAAGAGUGAAAAUAUGACCAUCACAAUACCGAAGUCCCUCCUUCUUGGUAUGGACCGUAAGCAUCUUCGACUCCUGGACACCAGUUGCAAAGCGACAGAGACGAACGCUCACUUCUCACUCACAACACCGCUGACUGGCUGUAACACAACAAGCAGGCACACGCCCACAGCUAUCGUCUAUUCCAACGCAGUUUUUGAAAUUCCUGUGGCCGCUCAAGGUGUCGUGACCCGAGUUCGUGAAAUCGAAAUAAAAUUCCAAUGUUUCUACUCUAAAUACGGCGUGGUGUCCUCAUUUGGUUGGAAGCCGAGUGAUAAGAAGCUUGUUUUUAGCGACAAAAUGAAAGGAAACUUUACGCUCUCUCUAGAUAUGUUUCCUGACAAGACAUUCGAGAGUCCGUACUUGAGAAACGACUUUCCUGUGGCUGUGGUUCUGCGCAAGCUUCUCUUUUUUGAGGUGUCCGCCACAACGCAUGACAAGCAACUGUCAAUCAGAGCAGAGCGCUGUUAUGCCACUCCCACCCAAGAUCGCGAUAAUUCCUUGAAGUAUGAGUUCAUCAAAGAAGGGUUAGUGAUUGUUGUGUUACUUCCUAGCGAAAAGAGACCUCGAAAAACGGCACUGAUUAAUGUCUCCUUAAACUGCGAAUUUCACCCCUUCAUUCACUAUCACUUAAUACUAAACAACUGCAUUGUGAAAGUACAAUGUAGAAAUUUAAUUUUGAAGUGCAGAAGCACAUACCGUAAAAUUCCGAAAAUAAGCCCCGGGGCUUAUAUUUUUCAAAGGCCCUUUUUGAGGGGCUUAUUUUUGGAGGGGCUUAUCUACGGAGGGAAAUUUGCGUUCCAAACUUGAUUGGGCUAGCCUUGUAGUUGGAAGUAAAUUUACCGUUUUUGCUUAGUUUUACUUUGUAUUUGAGGGCAAUUUUCCAAGUACAAGCCCUCGGGGGGGCUUAUAUUUGGAGGGGCGAUUUAACGGAGGGUUUUUUGCGUUACCGGUUUGGGGGGCUUAUAUUUGGAGGGGCUUAUACCUGGAGGGGCUUAUUUUCAGAAUUUAAUACGGUAUUAGGGUAAAACUUCGUCAAUCAUUUGUUACAUAAUCACUGAUCUUAAAAAGAGGAUAAGAUCACAGCUUUUCAAGACGACAAAAGAUUCGUCUAUGACUCAAGGCUGGUGACUAUGCCUUUUUUGCUUCUGUAUUUUUCGUUUUUGCAACAGCUGGAUGCCAAAAUUGAGAGUAUAAAAGCCUUUUUUUUCUUCACACAACGUUUGGAAAUAUAUGAGAUUUCGAGAACAUCAUUUUUUCUACAUUCUCGGCAAUCAACAGACCAUUUUACAGUUGUGGGCUCAAUAUACUAGCCUUUUACUGGACGUGAGGCUGAGAUUGACCUUGUUUGGAUACAAACCUCUUUCCUUUUCUUAUGGAAAUUUUGCUUAAAAAAUACUAGUUAGCAUGAUUAACAUGAUAAAGCGGAAGGGUUGUAUCAAAACAAGGUCGACUCCAGCCUCGUUUGCAUCCGUAACUGUAAAAUGGACUAUUCGGUUCUGAUACAACGUAAAACCCAAAACUGUGACCAGUAGUUUGCACUGCAAACAAUUGUGUGCAGAAAUUCAAAAAAUCCGAGGUUUAAGGUAAUAUUAAAAACGAAACCAAUCACCUUGAGGUCGAGGGGUGAAUAAUACCAGGCGCGGAUCCACACCGGUUUCCGCCGUUUUACGAAAAUCGGUCAGAGUUUUCAUGGAUAAAUAAUUUUUCAUUAAGAAAAAAAAAUUCCAAGUUAAAAUCUGGCCAAUAUCCUGACUGAAUGACUCAGGAAUCCAGGAGAGAUGACUUUAGGGAGUAAAUCUCCAAAACAUUUCCUGGGGGAGCCCGCCCCCGAACCCCGCUUGAGGCGUACGCAUGCCACGCUUGUUUAGAGUAACGGUCAGUAUUUAUUCUAGAUCCGUGCCUUAAUACAUUAUUUCUAGCUAUUCCCACAAGCCUUGGAGUUGAGUAUGUAUUACGACAUAUCGAAAUCGGUGUAUUCACGUAAAACCAGUAUUUUAGAUGUUGAGUAAUUAGUAGAUUUAGUAAUUACUAAUUAGCUUAUUAGUUGAAUAUUAUAGAAAUUAUAGAUUAACAUUUUCGGAUUCUUUCCUUAUAGAUGCCCGAUUGACCCAACUGUACAGUAUUAUCUUCUGCCUUCAGUCAGUGUUCAGCGGUUUAGUCUGGAAGCCUUCAAGUUCAUUGCGGAUCAUCCCUUUGUUUUUGUCCAUUGUCACGUGAUUGUCUGCAAUGCUACAGAUGCCGGUUCAAAAUGCGCUAGAAGUUGUCCAGCAGCUGGCCGGCUAAGACGUGAUGUGAGCCCCAGUGCAAAUGACGUCUACUCCCUGGCCAAGGGUCCAAUCCAUCUGCAACGUAUAAGGAGUGAGGAAAGACAGAGCACUGGCCUCGAAAGGCUUGGUAUGUUAUUACGCCGGCUCUCCCGUAUAUAUUAAUAUAUUUUUGUAAACUCUUUUUAUUCUGCCGUGGGCCUUUAAGAAAUGGAAUGCAGCGUUCUUUGGUUAGUUUAUGAAAGGGUACCAUUUUUAAUGAAAGUUGUAUUUCGUGUUAAAAUGGUAGACAAAAGAGGAAGGGGUUGAACCUUAGACCUCCCCAGAUAAAAACUUUGAGUCCCUUCCCCCUCAGUCUCUUCCCCCUAUCCCAAUAGUCCAUCCCGUAUUUCUGUGAGCACUGAAGUCACCAGUCUAGGCUUGGGGGAAAAAAAUAUUAAUAGUGAUUGGAAGGAAAUUGUCCUUCCAUGCAACCCUCGUUAUUAUUUAUUGUGUCCUCGAUGAAGCAGGGAGUAGGGAAGGUCUAUAAUCAUAAUCGACAUUUAUACUGAUCAGCAGAACAAGUACACAAAGAUUAAGAAACAAAAACAAACAGUCAAAAACAUUUGAAUCACCCAGAAGUGGUACAAAAAAGCGCGAGGAAUUGCAUUAGAUUAAAAUCUCUGGACAUCAAAUGAAACACAAUCAACUCGCACUUGAAAUAGUUUCAGUUUCUCGAUCUGGCCCCAGUUUUUUUAAAAAGGUGGAUAGCGCUAUCCUCCGGACAAUCUCUUUGCAGUGGAUAAGGCAAUUGGUUGCCCUAGUAAUACCUACCUAUUGGAUAGAGAUUUAUCAGAUAGAUAGCACUAUCCACCUUUUCAACAACUGGAGUGCGAUAUUAAGUUAGAGAAAAUUCAAAACAAACAAUAAAAAUAUUAUUUGCCUAGUUAGUUGUAAUUUCAGACUUCCCCGGUCUCAACGUGUCUAAAACGAAAUAUCAUUUUUUUAGGUUCCAGUCCUACAAUCACGAUGACCCUGUUUGUGAUCUGUGUCGCCUGUUUAGCGGGAACUGCGCUGAUGGCUUUCAAAAAGUUACGUGACAAACCUUUUGGUUAUGCAGUGGUUGCGGCAGGGGAGAAGAAUUAA